AGAUCUGCCAGCAUUUACUGCGUGCUCUGCAAAGCUGGGCGACGCGUACUUCUGGGUUUGAGACACUGUAUUACGACAUGCCAUUCGGAUCCCGUAUCGUUGUGAACGAUAUCCGGGCAAACGUGGAUAGCAUGGAGAUCGUUCCACAUCCCAUUUAUAACAUUGAGCAGAACUGGUUCUCAGUCAAAGCCUUGCAGGACAUCUGGCAUCUGGAUUCGGCACGCUGGCCUGAUGUCGUUGACUACGCCGACCUACAGCUACAAGCCCAGCCACACGAAUCCAUCACGCUUGUGCAGAUCCCCUCACGACGCGGCGGAGAGACCCUCGUGUUCAAGUCGCUUGUCCAGGACGUAAAGUACAUGUACCAUGAGCUGAAGAUGCUGCUCACGCUAAAGCGACACCCCAAUAUCAUUGGAGCACCGCUGUAUGUCGUCACCAAGAAAUGCCGGUUCGGGGGCAAGAUCGGUAUUUGCGGUUUCAUCCUGCCUUUCUACCCGCUUGGUAGCUUGGGUAAGACACUAGAGGAAUCAUCUAGAGAGGCAUUGAGCACACCAUCCAUGCUGAGAGACCGGUUUAGAUGGGCGCGCCAAAUUGCUCAAGCAUUACUGCACAUCAAGGAUUCGCCGCUCGGUUUCUACCCGGACCUUAAGCCUGACAACGUACUCCUCUCGCCUGGCACUGAAGGUCUUGAUGCCACGCUUAUUGAUCUCGAGCAGCGCGGCGGAUGGUACUCAUGGUCACCGCCUGAAGUGCGCUACAUAGAGUAUCUUGAGUAUAUCGCAGCGCGAGUAGAGUGUCCACCAGUGCGUGUAAAGAGCCUGGCACUCUUGAAGUCAUUUAUUCCAGGCUGGAAGCUGCCGACCCAGGCGGAUCGGUACCGCGAAUGUACGCAGGGCUUCAGUGCCGCAUGGCUGGCACUCGAGGGCAAAGAGCGCGAAGCGGCCCAGGUAUUCAUGCUGGGAAAGUUGCUGUGGUGCAUUUUUGAGGGCACAAGCAGCGUCAAUUGCGGGAUCGGCUUCGACAUGUUCCGAGAGCAAGAGGCUUCGCCGCCCUUUCCGAAAUUUAGAGAUACACCUGCGAAGUUGAGAGCCUGUAUUCGCGCAUGUACGGCGGGUGCGCCAGAAUGGGACGAGCAGUUUCGGACUAUUGCGCGCAGAGGCACCAAAUAUUAUGCUGUGGAGCGGUUGAGCGAGCCUGGAGAACUGGAGGGCGCGAGUCCCAAGGAGACACAGGAGGCAGCUAAGAGGUGGUGGCAGGAGGAGGUACGGAGUGCAAAGCGGUUUGUAGAGCAGAAGAUCAGGACUCGGAACAGCAAAGAUAGCAAGGGGCCUAGUGAAAUCUUAGCAAGGACUGAGGAGCAGGCGCGCCAACGACCGAGUUUGAGGAUUGUUUUAGAGCAGAUAGAGGAUGCUGAAAUAUGGCUGGUCAACGAAGUUUAAAAUCAAUUACCGCAAGCAGUCCUGAUGUUCUCCUUGUUCCUACUAGUUCGGCUUAGCCGCAAAGUCUCCUGACUUCACAAGCAUUUGAGUUGACUGCAUCUUAGUAUUCACGACCUAGUUUUACUGUUUUG